UCUCUUAUAUCGUUUCUUGUUUAAAUCUUAAAUAAGCUGCAAAUUAGAAUGGACUGCGAAGAAAAGGAAAAAAAGAACAAUAAUUGUGUCCCGUUGCAUGGCAGGGAAUCGCUGUGAAUGACAAAUCGUGCCAAUUGAGAAGCAAAAGCCAAUCAGUUUCGAACCCUUGGAACAUGUCAUGCAAACAUCUUGCUAAUUUGAAAUUACUGCUAUUUGUUUUAACAUCUGUGGACCGCAGCUUAGUUGGUCUUUUUAUGUUUCUGCAAGGAAGAUGCGAAUGUUUUUCGCAUUGGUUUUAUUUUUAGCCAUUUUAAUCUCAGUCAAUGGAGACAGCAUUGACGAAGAGGAGGAGAAACUUCCAACUAAAUGUCAUGGUAAGCACGAAUAUUUAAUCCUAAGCUUGAUAAUUUAAACAUUCCCAAGGAAAUAAGCGAUUUUUUAGGAUCAACUCGUUUAAAUCAUGCAUCCCUUGAAACUAAGCUCCAUUCUAGACAUUCUCUCUUUACAAAACGCGAUCCCGAAUUUGAACCUUGUUUGAUAAUUUGAUCUCCCAAAACUGCAAAAUAUUUAUUUGAUUCGCGGGCUUUUGGCUUACGCGACAGCUGGUGCAGCUGGGACAAUAAGACUGGUUAAAGACAGCUUCGGUCCUUCCUGACUAAAUGCUAUGCUUCAAAUUUUACAUUUACUUCAACAAACCCACUUUUGUUUCAAAAAAUCAUUUUCUGAAGUUAGAUUUGUCUCUUUUGUGAACAAAUGAUGAUUCGUCUUUGAACUAUUUUGUGCAAGAUUUUAUAUUGUCAAUGACAUGACCGACAUAUCGAACCGUUUGAUUUUCUUUAUUCAAAUGAUUAAGCAAAUACCAACUUGCAAGUUAAGCACUAAUGUAAAAAAUCCAACCCGUUCCCACACCCAUUGCCCCUGCCACUUUCCAGACGUUCAUUUAUUUUUUUCAGCUUUGGAAAUGUGCAGCAUUUUAAUCUUUGAAGAUACAAAAUUGAUAUUUUGGGCGAGAACAAUGAUAUUCUCAACUCAUCUGCAUGCAAACUCAUUUCCUAAUACCAUAUUGAGAUUAAUGUCAGUGGUAGGUAAAUAAUUGAACACCUAUUAAAACACUUAAAAUCCAGUUUGCUCAUGCUCAAAGGUUCAGUGUCGUGGUUCCAAUCUCUGAUUGGCUGAAGUUAAAGCUUAUUACAUGAACAGGUGAAAAAUAUGCAUUCUAAUCAAAAAAGAGCUAAGUUCCCUUUUUUGUUUAUGAGAUCUAAGUUGGUGGUUUGUCACACUAUGAAAAUACAAGUGAAACGUUUUUGCAUUAUGAUGGGUACUAGUGUGUAGGCAAUUAAAACUUUGUUUAAGUGCAUCAGUGAUGCAUAUUGUGUAAAAGACUGUCACUAGGUUUUUUCCCUACUUUGUAUAAGCUGUGGUAAAAAUGUGGAAACAGUUUUUACCUUUAGUUUUUUAUUGCUACCAAAUGACAAUUCACUAUUCUACUUCAAUUCGUGACCACUAAAAAGCUUUGCCAACUGUCUCAAACAACCAUAUCUACCACUUAGAUUUCUGAACCACCUGCCCCUUAAGCAGUUCAGCUCCUCCUUGUAAAUACUCCUUAAACUCUUUAUCAUAAAAAGGGUAAAUGUUAUUGGGACACACAGGCUGAUCUGUGCAAAGAAAACUUUGGCCCUUUUUUUUAUUAUCAGGCAACAAAUAUUGGUAACUUUAUUUUAAAAAAAACACACACACACACUUACAAUUCUAAAAACAUCCAUUUAUUUCUAAAUUUAGUCUGUAAACACCUGGUGCAAGAAUUAGAAGAUGAACUCGAGAGAUCUGGAAAGUCAAAUGAAAUAUUCCGAACAGGGCAGAUAUUUCAGGAGCAGCGCAAAGAAAUAAGCUACAGGAAAUCGUAAGUGCUUUGGAGCUUCAACCCCCACACUUGUGCUAUUUUUUCUAUUAUACCACUUUUGUCUGUUUUGUUUCAGUGGGACAUGAUCUGUACCAGCUGGAAAAUUAAGGUGGCUCUGAACCUGCUUAAAAAACUUUGUAAAACGUUGUAUCCUAUCAUGCUCAUCACAAUUUGGGAAUUUAAAAAAAGUAAUCACCAGGGACAUGAUUUUGAUUUAUUAGCACUGAAAUUUAAAUUGAGGUGUGUUUCAACAGGUUGUAAUGUUACUAUGGUAACCUAUUAUGUCCCAAAAACUGCCAUAUCAAUGAAUGCACUUUCUUUUAUGUCUGAUUGUUGCCUCUUCUAUGAAAGACAUUAUUGAUCCAUCAAAGUUAAGUGUUGAAAAUGUUGGAAACUGUUGCAAGCCACUGUGUGACAUUUGUGAUACAAAUAAUCUUGUGACAUACAAAAUAUAUAGUGAUAGGCACUUCUCCUUUCAGUGAAGUGCGACUGAAUGAAGCUCUUGAGAAUGCUUGCACAAAAGUUUUGGACUACAAGGUACACAAGGACAAGAUCAAAGCAUUGCGAUAUGAGAAAAGUAUGUUAAAUUUUUAUAUAAUAAAUACUAUUUGUCUUUUUUCUUCGCUAGAAAGUGGUUUUUUGGAUCAAUUGUAUUUAUUCUGUAUGGAAGUCAGGGAUUUAUGCCAUGGGAGGGGAUGCCUAGGGCUAGCCAAUGUGUCCCAACUGACCCAUUUAUAUCCUUACUGACCCUAGCCUGGGACCAGGCUCUGAACAGGAGUAAAAGGGCUUUAAAAAAUUGCUAGCUAUGAUGGAAUUAUGAUGAUGUAGCUAUGAUGAGCCCUUUCCCUCUUUCCAGUCCACCACUCAGUUGCUUCACUCGACGAUUUAUGUAGUUAAAUUGGCGGAACUAAACGAAGUGGCAGUGGCAGAGAAUUUAAAUACUUUCCUAUUGGUAUGAAUGCUCAUGAGCUGUUAUGGCGUUAAUUGACUUUAUUGUUGAAAGUUAUAUAAGGUUUUGGAGCCUGUUUCCAGAGUAAACUGACCCUGAUGACUGUCCCAUCCAUUCCCUUCUGACCAGUCAUUCAAAUUGAUCCAGCUAACCUAAAAGACCCAUCAGGUCUCAGUUCUUUCAAGGGUGUAUAGUACUAUCCACUGGAUAACUCAGCUUUCAUUCAUUUCCCUAAUACCUUUGAAGUUGUCCCAUGGAUGUGGAUUUAUAUGUUGGAUAGUACCAUUUUUUAAACUCAUUUCUGAUUUUCGCGUGCCUAGCAGUAGAAACUCACAUCCUACAGUUCAUUAUCCACUGCAUUCAAAUACACUAUUGCAAUAUAUUAAACAAAUUAAUUUGAAUUUUUCAGAGGAAAGUGUGACAUUUAACACUCUAAGAGGUCUUAGGGAUCGUGGUGUGAAGGUAGAACUUGGAUUUCCUGAUGAGAUGUGGGAAACGCCCGAUGCGGAAGUGACACGACUUAAGAGCAGGGUAUAUCUCUUUAUAUUAGAUGCUUUUAGUGUUAUAAUUAUUCUUUGGCUCUGAGUACCCCUAAUCUUUUCUAGGGAGUAGAGAGGGUAAAACCACUGUUUUUGCUCGGCCCACCCAUUUCAUCACCUUCCUUUCACCUGCCCUGAGUUGAAAUCAGAGAAAUACACAAUUGCGCGGAAAGUCAUCUCGCGCAAGGGCGCUCUUUGCGUGAUGUGAAGAGAGCUGAUUGGCGUAUGUCUCUCACUCUAGGAAAGUAAGGAGGAAAAUAAGUGUUUACUUGUAGUCUUCCUGUAAAACACCAUUGAAUUCCGAACGUAACGGCUCCCGAAGACUAAAGGUUGUAAUAAAUUUUGUUGGACUCUGCUAGAGGUCUACAGAUCUUAGAAAAACGCUAGAUAACCAACUGUGUUCUGUUAAAAGCAACUGCUUAGCAGGCAGCAACAGUUUUGUAGAAUUGAAAUGUUUACAACCCAAUUACAAUGUAUUCAAAUUUGAAAGGCACACUUACACCGCUCCCAUACUGUAACUGCCAUUUUUGAAUGUGUCAUAUUGAAAUGGCCAUUGUUUUUCUAUAGUGCGAGCUGAUGGUAGAGACCUACGAAGAUGACCUGGUCGAGUGGUACUGGAACCAUCAGAACGAAAACUUGACAAACUGGUUAUGUAUUGAGAGGGUACUGGACCCAGGAGAGGAGGGUAAGAAAGCCAUGAUGUUUAGCUUUUCGUUUUUAUCUGUGAUUGGUUGAGAAAGUGGCGGAAGAUUUGCGUGAGAUUUUGAGCCCAUCACAAAGCUUAGGGUGCGUUGGAUUGAUGAUAGUCUGGAAUAAGAAUACGCCAAAGUUUUGCUGCAAACCUCUUGUUCCGAUGCUUUCUAGGCCACUUAAGCCCUACGAUCGUCGGGAUAUCUUAUUGCAAGCAGAUUUCUAGUUAUUAAAAAGUGAUGAACGCCAAAACGAGUGAUUUCAAGAGUUUAUGUUAUUUCUGAUUGUUAUUCCGGAAUAAGGUCAAUCAGACAGGCCCUUAGUAUAAAUGCUUUACUAGGUUAAAUGCAAACGAAAUUGCGAAAUUACUGUCGAUACCCAAUAGGCCAGUUUCGAGUUAUUAACAUUCAGCUCCUAGGCUGAAGGUUGAGAGGAAUAAAACAAAAGAAAUGAAUUAAGAUUUUUGUCCUUCGGAGAUUCUCUCAGGUAAUUUUUUGUUAUCAGGGAUAUUCUUUAUGUUAUAGAUUGCUUUAAUGAAACUGAACCGGAGAAGAAAGAUGGAGAGGAAGAAGGCUCGGAAAAGCAAGAAGAGGAAGAAGAAGAUAAAUUGGUGAAUGAGGAAAACAGCGGAGAAAACAAAAGAAAAGAAACCAGCAAAAAGGAAAAGAAAUCGAAGAAAAAAGCUCCUGGAGAAAAGACUAAGCAUGCUAAAAAAGCUAACAGCAAAGGGAAACGGGAGAGCCAAAACGAAGAAGAAGACUCCGAGAAGAUUCAACGUCUUAUAAGAGAGCAGGCGACGGAACAGCAGGAAGGCAGAAGGAGCAGAAAAAAACCGCCGUUUGUAAGCGGGCGAAUGGAUGAACAUAAACGGCGUGAGUUGCAAUUGAGACUUCGAGAAAUCCACGAUGUCGAUCGUCUUAGACGUGAGCUUCGGAAGAUCCGAACGAGAGAAAUGAGCGAAGACGAUUACCUCGAGCGAGAGCCGUGGGAACGUGACAUGGACUCGGAUAUUCCCGAAGAUGUCCGAAGAGACAUGCGGCGGCGUCGAUUUGAGCGAAUGGACGACCCCGAGGACUUGAAGCGAGAACUGCGUAGGCGCAUCAUUGACCUUGAUGACAUUGAUGACGAUGAUUAUUUUCCAGGAAAGAAUUCGUUUGUUUUUCGAGAAUUAAGCCACCGUUAUAUGAUGGAGGCAGAAGAAAUCCGUGAUCCCACAGAGCUGAAGAAGCGAAUUGACGACAUUGAUGCUUUUGCUGCAAUAUUCCACAGUGGACGCGAUCAUAGGCACUUUCGCGAUCGGUAUAGACGUCAUCAUAGAGAUGAACUGUGACUAGCUUUUACCACAGGAUGGGUUAAAUCUUUGUCAUUUCUAAAAUAGGUAUGUGGUACAGGGAUACCAUGCAGACUAAUGUAAAAGGUACGCGUGAAGUAAAUGUAAAUGAAGCCCACAAAUAAAAUGUGUUUAUGUGUUAUAGCCCACUAGCAGCAAAACUCGCGGGCUUUUUGUCGGCAAAAAAGGAUUCAAGUCUGGCUUUAACUAGCUGAAUUUUUUUUAUUCUCGAUAUUCUUGACCAACUAGUUGCAUUUUACUAAAACAAU